AUGUCAUUCAUAGGCAAAUUAGGAUAAGGCCAAAAAAAUAGGAGUAACAAGUAUUCACAAUUUAGGUGAAUUGCCAAAAGAUUUUGCUGAAUAGAUAUUGAAGAAUGAUAUAACAUUAAUGAUGAGUAAAUAUUAAGAUAGUAUGGCAUUGAAUAAUCUCAUCCAAUUGUAUAUGGUAUCAAUAAUCAUAUGAAACAAUCAGAAAGGAGUUGAGUAUUACGAAUCUCAGAAAGACUAAAAGAGUGAGUAUUUCAAAAGUAAGUUAAAUUGGUUAAUGAGUCAUCCAAUUAUCAUAUCUCCAAAAAAAAAAAUAGAUGAGCAACCAGAAAAAGAGUAAACAAAAAAAAUUGAUUUCAAGAUUCACACUAACGUUGAUUAGAUUUAGCAUUAUGAAGAUGUAACUUCAUUUGAAGCUCCCCAAGAAAAACCAGAAAAAGAAAUUUCAUUGCAUAAAGCCAUAAUACCUAUCUAAAAUACUGAAGUAAAGUAGAUGAUUGAUAAUCUAAAGAUGGAAACAACUAAAAUAAACUAAGUAAUAAAUCUAUUUUAACUAGAUUAUUUAAAAUGAUCUUGAUUCACAAAAAACUAAAAUUGCAGAUAGAAUACACAAGAGAAGUAAAAGUUUUGUAAAUAAGAACAAAUAUGAUCAAGAUGAAUGA